CUCUAUCUCAUCACCACAAAUGCACAGGUAUGGAUGGCCAGCAACUUGACAGAUGUCUUGCUGCAUCUCCGGAUGGGCGCGCUGAUUCCGCAACCCGAUUUGGGCUUCCUCAGGCAUCCAGAUUACGAAAUGACCAUCAUCUCUUGUCAUCCCUGCUCCCAUUCGUCUCAGCCCUACCGCGGGGGCCGGGGACCGAUCGCCUGAAACAGAUCGCCGUUGGUUCCUGGCAGGCACACUUGGAGCGAGACCAGCUGAGUUUCACGUGGAAGCCCGGACUGCACUCACAACAGCCACCAAUCAGCAGUCGGUGACAUCGGAGCGGUCUUGUCCAGACUCAUACUCUAGAGUGGCAUUGUCAUUCAUCAUCCUUACAUGCAAAACACCAAGACAGGCAUCCCUCUUAGCUCAGCGAUGACACCUCCAUUGGUUCAAAUGCACCGCACCCACCUGUCCAUUCUCCCGGAACAUAAACGCGGCUCCUCACUCAUGGCUUGACUGCUUACAACUCGCGCCCGACUCUGACUACGAGGCUCGUUCUUGUUUGGAUCCCACCGCCAACAUACAGUCCGUGGUGGAUCGCGGAUUGUUUCGCUGUGCCACUAUAAUGCGCUAAAAUCUGACUGCAAUCAUGAGGGUGGAAUCAAGGCCUCAGAGACCCAUGUAUUUUCUCAGGCAACAACUCAAGAUGUCAGGAAAGAGAGUAGACGGUCAAUACUCGAAAUGAGCUCAGGACGAAUCUAUGCCUAGCCCACUCAUCCAUUUCACCCUUCAUCUCAUGACGACAUGAUGCCUCAUGAAAGUUCAUCACCCAACGCUCCGUGAGUGAGGGGUUGUAACCAACAGUUUACUGGCUUUACAGACAGAGGGCUCAGGCAUGUUCCUCUCCAAGAGCAAACAAAACCAAGAGAUCCAGCAUAUGAGAACUAUCUCUUGUGCCCAGGAGAUGCACUCGAUAACUCCCCGAGCCGCACCAUCCGUUGGUCCAUGGUCACUCCGGCACAUAGCGUACCAUGGCCACCGAACCCAUUCUUGCCUUUUGUUUGGGGCGUCUUUUCAAGCUUCGCCCGUCUGACUCUGCCCAUCACCCGGUCAUCUUUAUACUGAUCUGGUGAGUCCACCCGGUAAGAGCCCCAACAUUAUCUGUCGUCCUGUCUCCAAACAUGAUUGGAUGGCAUGUCUUGUCUCUUCCUCGAGUACACUAGGUUGGGUGCCAUUCCGGUGAGCCUAGGGCUGUCCCUGACCCGGUAGACUGGGAGAGUGUGGAGGGAUGAAAAGUACCGUCAGUAUUGGUGCCGUUACCUAUCCACUUUUUGGACCAGGCAGUCACUUUCUCAAGUUUGAAUCCAAGACCUCCGCAUCUUCAAGAUUCCAGACCAUCAGACUUAUAUCUACAUCAAGCUCGCCCAGCUCCAUCAUCAGUCGCUGUACAUCUCACUACCAUCAGUUCAGUCACUUACACACACACUGACUUAACCUGCUCUCGUUCACACCAAAACCCACCAUGUCAUCUUCGCGCUCACGUCGAACUGGACACAAGUCUGGAAGCUCGAGUGGAUCCGGCUCACAGUCAGCGCGCCAGAUCAUCGAGUCUCUCCUUACCCACCGCAUCAACACCUUGACUGAGCUCUGUCGUGUGGAACGCUUGGUAGCGAAUGCCGAGACAGAGGAGGAUCAACUAGCUUUCCAGGAACCCAUGACCUCGGCUUGGAUCUACUACGUCGAAUCAAAUCAGAUGCUUUCCGAGCUCCGGGGGCUCACCCCCAACUACGCCUUUUCCGGGGAAAUGUUGACGUACGCCCAGGGCCUGGUCCGAAACGACCCGCAAUCCAACAGGAGCUGGAACUUCGCCUGGAUGGUACUAGAAAAGAUCACAGAGGAGAAUCUGGUGGCCACCUAUGCUGAAAUCGAAGCAGCCAGGCCUGAAAUGUGGGGCGAUGUCGUGCCAGACGAUCAACAGAUACAGGAGCUGGCAGCCUACUUUUCUCAAGAGUGGACUUAUGCCAUCAACUGGAUGUUGCAGCACUGGACCGCUGCCCCAGUGUGGUACUGAGUACACCUUGGCUGUUCGCAACGUACAACCGAACUCCUACGGUCAUACAGGCCUGACGGAAACUUUCAUUCUCCCCUCCAUUAGUUUCGCUUGUUGUAGUUUUUUCACGUGUAUGACUUACCUGUACACCAUCAUAGAGGAGGAACUUUGCACCGGUCCGUUGGCUGAAGGGGUGCUUGUGGUCUGGUUUAUCUCCCUGCUAUAGAUUCUCUCAAACACAUUGAACGACAAAUUCACACAACUUUCUAACUUGAAAC